AUGUCAAUAAUACAAAGAGUACGACCUCACAUUCAUAUAGUGAUACUUUGUUUAUGUUGGUAUACUAUCUCAUCUAUCGGUUCUAGAGUUACUAAGAAAAUUCUAACAGAAUGUCCAUUACCAUUAUUUCUAGGAGAAUUUCAAUUUAUAUAUACUGCAUUUCUUGCUUUAGGAUCCUGUGCCCUGGCACGUAAAUAUAGAGGUGUCUAUAAUACUUUCCCUGCUGGAACGUUUCCAAAUUAUUAUCGUCAUUCGAAUGAAAAAUUUAAUCAUUCGACGGGUCCUGAACUAGAUAAACAAGAUGCUCUGAUUAUUAGUCCAUCUAAACAUAUAAUAAAUACCGUAUUGCCUUUAGGGUUAUUCCAAUUUGUUGGAAAAUAUUUUGGUCAUACAGCAACUUCAUUGGUCCCAGUAUCUACUGUUGCUAGCAUUAAGACGUUAUCACCUGUUUUUAUUCUAAUUUUCCAAAAAUGCCUAAGAAUCAGCACCUUACCAUUAUCCUUGAAUCUAUGGUUAAGUCUUUUCAGUAUUGUUGCUGGUGUUUGGAUUAUUGUUAAUGAAGAUGGGAAAAAUCGUAAAUCAAAACUCAAUUCAAAGGAUGGCAGUUAUUCAUCAAGUGGUAUCCUAUGUGCCAUAAUUUCCAUGUUUAUAUUUGUUGCUCAAAAUAUCCAUGGUAAGAAAAUCUUUACAUUCAAAUCUGAUUCUAAAUUAAUUAGUGAAAGAGUGCACAAUUCCAAAGAAAGCACACCUUUACCAUUCUAUAAUAAUGAGAAAGUUGGUAUCAAAUACGAUAAAUUGACAUUAAUGAUCUACAUUUCGUCAGUAGGGUUUUGUCUAUCACUUGGUUGGUUUAGUUUCUUAGAAUUUCCAAUUGUUUGGAAUUAUGUAUUUGGUAAUGGACAAUCUGAUGUCAUAAAUUCUAUACCGUGGAAAUUAUUCUUAGUGAAUGGAACAUUCCAUUUUAUUCAAGCAAUGAUAGCAUUUCACCUCUUAGGAGAGGUCAGCACAUUAACGUAUUCUAUUGCCAAUUUAAUGAAAAGAAUUGCAAUUAUAUCUGUUAGUUGGAUCUUUUCGGGAGUUUCUGUUUCUUUUAUUCAAGUAUUUGGUUUACUCUUAAAUGCACUCGGAUUAUUUCUUUACGAACAAUGUAACAAUAAAAAUAAAUUGAAGAAACUCCGUCCUGAGUAA